AUGAACAAUAAAUUACAUAAUAUUUUGUAAAAAGUUAAAGAUAACCAUUAUUUAGAAAUUCAAAAUUUAAUCUGUAAAUUUAAAGCAUAUUUUGCAAAUAUUUUAUAAUAAAAACUUAGUGAGUAAAAAUUAGCUUUAGAAAAAGAUUUUUAAUUUAGUGAAAAUUCAAUAUUAACUAGAAAACAUAUUUGUUAAUUAGAAUAACAGUAAAAAUAACUUUAAUAAGAAUUAGAAUAAAAAGAUAAGUAUUUAUAAGAAACGUAUUAGACAAUUAUUUAAAAGAAUAAUUAAAUAACAGAAAAAAACAAAGAAUGUGAAAAGUUAAACUUAUUAGUAUAAUAAAAAGAAUUUGAAAUAGAUUAAAUAAAAAAAAAUAUGAUUUAAAAAUCUCCAAAAAAAUUAACUAAAUAACAGGAAAUUAAGAAGAUAACUUUCUAAAUUUAAAUAAAAAAUUUAUUUAAAAUACUUAUUUAGAUAACCUAAAAUUACACUCAUAAUCUCCAGUCGCUUAAAGUAAAAUAUAUGAAAAUAAUAUUCCAAUAAUAAAAAAAUAAUAAAAAAAAUAGAGUUAUAAUAAUAAUAAUAAUAAUAAUAAUAAUAAUAAUAAUAAUAAUAAUAAUAAUUAAUCUAAUUAUCAAGGAAGUAUAAAUUUAAUAUUUAAACUUCUAAAGAAUUAAAAGCCCUAAGUUAAAAAACUAUUAAAUUUAAUAGUUAACUAGAAAAUGA